GUACUCACACAGUCGACUCAUUGCUGGUUUAGUCGGAUAAUGAACGCGCCAUUUUAUUUUAUAUUAUUUUAUUAACUGUGCCUUGGAUUCAGAGAGAAAAAUGACUCAGGAGAAAAGCAAAGAUUCGUUGCCAGAGAAUUUUAAUUCGACGGCUAAUUUAACAACAAAUGCAGGAUUCCCAUCGUCUCUCAGUAUAUCUUCAAAAGAUAUAAAUGAUGAUAAGCCUUACAACCCUUUUGAACACCGAGAAGUUGAACAUCCAAAUUCUACAUUUGGAUCAAUUCUACAUCUCCUCAAAGCAUGCCUGGGAACCGGAAUUCUGGCUAUGCCCGCUGCCUUCAAAAAUUCUGGACUUGUCGCAGGCUUGAUAGGAACUAUUUUAGCAGGCUUCAUAUGCACACAUACUGUCCAUGUUUUGGUCAGAGCAUCGCAAGAACUGUGUGUGAUUGCAAAGAAACCAUCGAUGAGUUUUGCGGAGACGUGCGGAGCCGCGUUUACCUACGGACCGAAAUCAAUCCGAUCGUGGGGAGGAGCAAUAAAGAAGUUGGUAGAUUAUUCGUUAUUCUUAACGUACUUCAGUGUUCUCUGCGUUUAUGUCGUGUUCAUUGGAUCGUCGUUUAAGGAGGUUUUGGAUGUAUACGUUCCAAGCUUACAACUGUCGAUACAAACGUAUUGUGCCUUGACGUUAGUACCACUAGUACUGAUCUGUCAGAUUAGGAAUUUAAAGUACUUGGUGCCGUUCUCAGCUUUCGCUAACGUCCUCAUUGUGGUCGUGUUUGCUAUCACGCUGUACUACGUAUUUGUUGACUUGCCGCCGAUCACUGAAAGAGAAAUGGUCUCAAAAGUUUCACAGUGGCCAUUAUUUUUGAGUACCGUAAUAUUUGCUAUGGAAGGUAUUGGCGUUGUGAUGCCUGUAGAGAAUGAAAUGGCUAAGCCUCAGAAGUUCCUCGGCUGUCCCGGCGUGUGGAAUACAGCUAUGAUCAUUGUCAUCACGCUGUACGGAAUUGUCGGAUUCUUCGGCUACGUCCAGUACGGUGAUGACGUCAAAGGUAGCAUCACUCUCAAUCUACCUCAGGAUGAAAUAGUGGCGCAAAGUGCAAAGUUAAUAAUGGCCAUAGUUAUAUACUUUUCUUACGCCUUACAAUUCUAUGUACCAAUGGAGAUGGUUAACAGGAUGUUGCAAAACAGGAGUUCAAAUAAGUUCGAAAACGUCAUCCAAAUUAGUAUCCGAACAAUCAUAGUCACUGUCAGCGUUGCAAUCGCUGCCGCCUUUCCGAAUUUAGAGCUGGUCAUUAGUUUUGCGGGAGCAAUCUUCUUCUCUACCCUCGGUCUACUGAUACCUGCCGUCGUGGACACCGUGUUCUUGUGGGACAGGAACCUUGGGAAGUUCAACUACAUCGUUAUCAAGAAUACUAUCAUCGGGAUUAUAUCUAUCAUAGCUUUAGUGUCAGGCUCUUACGUUUCUAUUAUUGGAAUGAUAGAAGACUUAUCUGGAGGUCACGAGGUUCAUUAUAACGUAACUCGAUAGUAUUAAUUAACUUACUGCAGUACUAGGGGACUUUAUGUUCAGUAAGAGAGUAUCUUAAUGAAGAUUUAGGAUGAAAAUUUAGACUAGCUAAGGAUGGCAAAUUUUAAUCCCUU